AGCUCAGACAUGUCGGACAUCCUUGAGAAACUGCCUACUUUGCAGGAUGGAGCGCAUCCUUGGAUUUCAAAGCUAGAAGAACUUAUGGUGGGGACACAUAUGGCUGUGGGAGACAUUAAAAAACUGUUGGCUAGUCUUCUUGGUAUUGCAGGCAUGGAAGAACUUCUGCAGAAGGCAGGCCUUAAUCGGUAUGUGGGAACGGCUGUGAAAGAUUCUGAGUUGUUUGCUGCACAUAGAGGUGUAAUGUGGAGAGCCUUGAGAGAAACAUUUCCAACAAAUGUUCACCCAGAUAAUAUUUUCAUUGAGCCACUGGGAUCGGAAGAGAACCCUAGAGCAUAUGUUUCGAGAGCUCAUCAGACCUGGAGAAAUGUCACAGGGAAUAAUCCAGACCUAAACCAGAUGGAACAGUCAAUCCUGAGAGGAAAACUACAGAAGGGACUGCCUCUACCAGUGAGGAGUAAAUUGGCAGAAGUAGUUGGAUUGGGGAGCAUGACUAAAGGGGUAUACACAGAUCAUAUAGCCCAUCAAGUAGAACUGUAUAAAAAGAAGGAGCAUGAUCAGAGGGAGCAAGACCAGGAAACCCUUAGAAAACUAAACCAAAUACAAUUAGUAGAUAACAAGAAGAAGGAAAAGAAACAGGCUGUAGUCAUACAGAGCCAGCCCCAGGUGAAUCAGCCUUCACCAGUAAAUCAGGUUUUGCCACCAGCACCUCAGCCACAGCCAGUUUUUGGUCAGCAACAAACCUGGAGAGGAAGAGGUCAAGGAAAUGUUGGAAGAAGCAGAGGUGGACGAUUUAAUCCAUAUUUUCAGCAGUCUUCUGAUGUAUGUUUUAAUUGUGGACAGCCGGGUCAUUUUGCUCGUGAGUCCAUUAGGAGCAGUGCUGUUCCAAAUCCUCAUAGCAGUACUUGCAUCACUAUGUGUGAUGUUUUGUUUUUGUACAUUGCUUUUGACAUUUGCAAAAGCUAUGAUAUUGAAAUGGGUUGGGGUAGUGAUGCCAGGAGACCAGGUCCAGAUGCCCCUAAUGCAGAGGCCUGAGUCGGAUGACGAUGAAGAAGUAGGGUUGGACGGUGAACUGGAGGAAAGAUACCCGUUCUAACUAUGUAUAAUACACAUAUAGUUUCACAUAUGAUUUAGUUGUCUAGUCAUUUAGUAGGGGUACGGUAGUGAUUGGGGUUAAAGGGGGGUAGUAGUCAAUGCAAUUCAUAUGUUUGCAGGAGCUUUAUAUUGGUUAUAGAAAUUGUAUCAAUGUUUUCAAAUGAUAUGUGUUAUUUCUGCAAAGAUACUGGUUGGUGUUUUCUUUUUCCCUUAGAACAACAGUGGGGGAGGACCACCAGGGGGGUGGUUGAUGAUUCAAGGAUCCCAAGCUGAUAAAGGGAUUCAGAGACUCCAAUAAGGACAAUCAAAAAGGACAAAUAACCCUGGACUCUGGACAAGGACAUUGUGAGAAUGUCCAGAGUAAACAUCAUCACAACUUGGAAAUCAACUAUGCUUUAAUCAACACUGUGGAGGAACUGUGAGCCCCGAUGAGUGACAAAGAAGAACGGAAAUGGAACGGAAAUGCAUGUAUAUGAUG